AUGGUUCCAGUAUUUGGGUCGAGCAUAAGGGUAUUUUGCCUCGUUCGACUUUUAUUAAAGGCGCGGGAAUGGAAUAACCGGGGCCUCCGUGGUUUAAUGGCAGGUCCCAACGUAUCGUUCCCGGAGGAGGCCGCGUUGCCGCCGUUAAUAGCCUUUGGAAUGUUUUCGGGGGCGUGCCCUAAUUUCGUCGAAAGGGUUUGUAUCCUUGGUAUUAGCCUUUACCGCGGCGGAAAGGUUUCUUUAUGUAAAUUCGAUUUGCUGGGCGAGGCUAUUAAAGGCUUGGCUUGCUUCGUAACGGAGGCGCUUUUCGAUGGUAUUUACACGUUGCGCAAUAGUUCCUUCGUAUUGUUAAGGCAAUCCCGGAAAAAUAAAAAAUUAUUUGUUACAAAGGGAUCAAUAACCGGCUUGGAAAGUGCUCAAUGUAUUGAUAAUUUCUUAAGGCCUUUAGGAAAUGCUUAA